CUCUCUCUCUCUCUCUCUCUUAUUUCUCAUUCUCCUGCAACUAUUUCAUCUCCACAAGCUUCCAAACAAAGAGAAUUAAUGGAAAGUGAGAUUUGCAAGGUUUAUUCUCCUCGUUGUCCUCUGAUGAUAUGCCUACGAUGAAACAGCAAACAACAACCGGCCUUAUCUGGUUAAUGGGUAUCUCUCUCCUUUUUUAUUUCACAAUCCCAAAACAUUCUGAUCAUGGCUCCAACAGAUCCCUCUUUCCAAUAUAAACCCCCAUAUCCCAGAGUCUUCAAUCCAUGGCUUGCCUUGAAAUCAAGCACAAGCUGAUCAACAAGGAAGAUAAUCACAGAAACUGGAGGUUCGGCUCUCCACCAGGUUGUCGGAUAUGACCAUGGUUCCUGCUCAAAACCUCUCUAAACAACAACGUCGUCAUCUUUCCGGUGGCUAUGCUGCAGGCCGUUGCGGUGGUGGCAGUUAUAGCGAAAAUUUUGUUCUUAUGAACCGUGUAGAAGGUUAUGCAUAUUGUAGUGAUCAAUCUUGCUUAGGAUCUGAUCUAGUCGUUGGUCAGAUGGCUGAAGAUGAAUCCAGAACUAACAGUCUUAACGAAGCUGGGUCGAGCUCAAAGGAUAUCCAAGAAGCAGAGAGGGAUGACGAAUGGCUAAAAUUGAGCAUAGGCGGUCACGCGGCCAGCCAUCAGAACAAGCACGAUCAUCAUCAGGUCGAACCAACGGCCAGAAGAGAUUCUGGAUUGAUCGAGCUUGAUCUAUUACACGGCGGUAGUAAUUCACAGCAAGCAAGACCAUUAGCCCCCAUCUUCCAUGUGCCUGAAUUUAGAGCUCCUCGGGCUGCCACUAGUUUUAGUACUACAUCCAUGUUUUUCCAGCAACCGGGAAGUAUCCCAAACUUUCCUCAUCAAGACAUUAACUGGGCCUUUAGACCAAUCCGGCAUCAUAUAGGGACUGCUUCUUCCUCCACAUCAUCAUCAUCUUCUUCUUCUUUGAUGCCAUUCGGGUCGUAUUUUACACAGCCCUUUCAGCUUCAUCACUCUGGAAUUGAUGUUUCCGGGCCGAGCUUAGACUUCAGAGUUAUUGAUCCUCCCCGGAGGCCCCAUUCUGGCAUUUGGUUUAUGCUACAAGCAUCCCAAAAUCAAGCAAAAGAACCGUUUCUGCCACAGAUACCAAAGAGCUACCUGAGAAUCAAGGAUGGAAGGAUGACAGUACGAUUGUUAAAGAAGUAUUUGAUCAAUAAGCUGAGACUGGAUAGCGAAUCAGAGCAGAUAGAGAUAACAUGUAGGGGGCAAGAGCUUCAACCUUUCUUAACGUUGCAGCAUGUAAGAGAUAACAUAUGGAGUAAUAGUACUCCUCCGAGGGAUGCAAUGACGACUUUGCUUCCGGACUCCUCAACCACAGAUCAUCACCAUCAUGUCAUGGUGUUGCACUAUGGCAGGACUAGUACUAGUACUGCUGCUUGAAAGUGAAUCUUCAUUCGCUUUUUGUGUAUCGAUCUGCAUCAUUAAUUGUUUUAAGCUGUUAUGAUAACGCUUUUGGCCUUUUUCUUUUCU